AUGGCGGAGUUGUUGGAGCACGGAUACCAUCAUCCAAGUGAAACUCGUAACCUUGUUGGAGCUUAUACAAGAGAGAAUGAAAUGCUCACUGAUGUUUCGCUUAGCCUCCCUGCACGAGCUCGAAAACUCGCUGCAGCGAAGCGAGCCGCACGCAAACGAAUGAAUCUACGCAAAAAGAAUCUCCUUAAGAAGACUCUACACAAAAAGAAGAGGAACUAA